GUCACAACAUAACCAUCAGUCACAGUCAGUCAUAACCAAUCAGCUGUGGUCCAGGCUAGAGUGGACAAAAUAGACUAGACAGACAGCUCAGCUGACAGACAUCAAUAGACCACAGAAGAAGUUGUCUGCACUCAGAUAUCUAGAAUCCGUUUAGUUCACCAGAAUGUUGGUGAGACUGUUUAUUCUGACCACAUUGGUCAUUCUGGUCCAAAGUCACAGUUACCACCUUGGGGAAUGUCCUACAGUCGAACCUGUCCCAGAGUUUGACAUGUCUAAGUUCCUCGGAAAAUGGUAUGUAAUCCAGAAAACAAGCACAAGCAGCAGAUGUCUGACGUACAACUUCACUGCAACUUCUGCGUCCAACGAGUAUGACUUGGAGCAGGUCUCUGAACAUCCUAUCCUGGGACUGGCCAGUGUGGACAACAAAUACCACUACACUGGUCACCUGACUGUACCAUCGGCUGAUACUCCAGCCAAAAUGGUAGUCAAGUUCCCCCUCAGUAUUGCUGGCACCGCCUCCUACACAGUGUUUUUCACUGAUUACACGACCUACGGAGCUGUGUUCACAUGUCAGAAGCUACUCAACAUUGGCCACCGACAGUCCGCCACCAUCCUGUCCCGCGAGAAGAACUUGGACAAAGUCUACUUGGAUAAGAUCAAAGGCAAGCUGAGUGCCUUUGGAAUCGACCCCUACGACCUGAGCAGGAUUGACCAGAGCGAAUGUCCCAGUGAAGGUGACCCUCCUAAAGUGGACAUCAACAUUAACAGCGAGACGUUCAGUACUAAGAGCAUAGCUGGAGCCGUGCGCAAGGCAGGAGAAAAACUAGGAGACGGAGUAGAAAUAGUAGCAGAAGAGGCAAAAAAACUGUAUAACACUGUUUCAUCAAAAUCUAAGGAUAAAGAAGAACUCAUUGAAAAUCAAGAAAGAAAUCAAGUUGAAUGGCUUCCUUGAACUUAAGACUGAUUUGCUCAAUAUAUUAUGAAGUUAUUUUUUGUAAAUCAUUAGAUCAUAAGUACCUAUACAUUUGUAUUUAAACUUAGACUAAGUAAUUAUGUCUUUUGGAGAAAAUGUAUGUCUGAGUGAACAUAUUUCAACUUUUUUACUAGAAAAAUUCCAAUUGAAUUAAAGACAUUUUCAUUA